CGAUGAAGUUGUUGAAAAAAUACAUUGAAAGGGAUAGAUCUGGAUGGGUCACCCUUCUACCACAAGAGGAUGAAGAUCUCUGGCAUUGUUACAAUUUGAUAGGCCCAGGCGAUGAGAUUAGAGCUCCUGCUAUCCGUCGGGUCGUUAACACCUCUUCUACCGGCUCUACAGACUCACAGAGGGUUAGGUUAACUCUCACUAUACGAGUGGAGAAGACUUUCUUUAGCCCUUCUGCCACCUCCACCACAGAAGCUGCUCCAGGUACAUCCAAUCAGCCACCACAGAAUGCACAGCUCCAGAUUUCAGGUAGAGUUACUAGUGAGAAUCCUCAUGUAAAACUUGGCGCAUUCCACACUCUCGACUUGGAAUCCUUGAGGGAUUUCAAGCUCGGUAAAGGUCCUGGCGGCUGGGAUACCAUCAAUAUACAGCGUGUAGAGGAAGCUAGCGCUGAAGGUGCAGGUGCUGAAGUCGCUGCUAUCCUUAUCGGUGAAGGAAACGCCGCUAUUUGUCUCCUCACAAAUCACAUGACCGUCGUUAAACAGAGGAUUGAUGCUCAGAUUCCUCGCAAACGCAAGGGUAUGUCGUCAGCUCAUGAGAAAGCGACUGAGAAAUUUCACGAUCAAUUAACAGCUGCAUUCGUCAAACAUAUAUUACCACUGAGCACUAAUCUUCGAGUCAUACUCUUCGCAGGCUCAUCAUUCCCUCGAGACUCCUUCCUCAAAACAAUGCUCGAGAAUGCUCAACAUAAUGGUGAUAAAACUAUACUGGCGCUUCGGCCGAAGUUCCUCAAAGUCAACACUGGUUCUGCGAAUGUACACGCUCUCAAUGAAGCCCUCAAAAGUCCGGAAGUCGCUGCACAACUAAAAGACACGAAGUUUGCAAGAGAAGGUAUGAUGCUCGAUAAGUUUAAUAAGAUGCUCGUUACUGAUGAGAAUCGUGCUUGGUAUGGUCCCGAUCACGUACAGAAAGCUAUAGAUAGAGGUGCUGUUGGUACGCUGCUUAUUUCGGACUCUCUAUUUAGAUCACAAGAUAUUGCAGAACGUAAGCGAUUUGUAAAAAUGGUCGAGGAUGUUAGGGAAUUGGGUGGUACUGAAGUACUUAUCUUCAGUGCAAUGCACGAAUCUGGUCAUAAGCUUGACUUAUUGUCCGGAAUCGCCGCACUUCUGACAUAUCCACUUGAUAUUGAAAUGGUUGAGAUGGAAGAGGAAGACGAAAAAGCAGCACAAGAAGCGCAACAGUAGAUUGUGUUUGCAAAAAAAAGUAUACAUUCCGAAGAUUUUCGUAUAGAGUUAUGUAAUACAAUCAACUUUAAUGAUGUUACGAAUGGAGAAAGCUUAUGCUUGUGAUUGUGGUUGCUGCUGGAGUGGAGAAGGAGCAGCUUGGAUUUUGUUUUCGUAUGUCUCUUGAACAUUUUCAUAUGGUUUCAUUGGUUGAAGACCCCACUUUUCGAACAAUUCGGCGUCUUGGUCCUUUUCAACACCGUCUGUUGUAAGCAUAUAUCCGGAGAAGAUGGCAUUGGCACCUGACAUGAAGCACAUUGCUUGCUCUGCAUCGGUAAACAUCUUUCUACCUGCAGCUAUUCUAACGAUUGACUUUGGCAUAACGAUUCUUGCGGUAGCGAUCGUUCUAACGACUUCUUCGAUUGCUACUGGGACGUUGUUCUCCAAUGGUGUACCCUUGAUUGGAACCAAGGCAUUGACUGGGAAGGAUUCUGGAUGUUCUGGCAACCUCGAGAGUUCCCAGAUAAGACCUACUCUAUCCUCUUGUUGUUCACCUAAUCCGAGAAUACCACCUGAACAGACACUGAUUCCUGCAUCUCUGACAUUUGCAAUAGUGCUCAAUCUAUCUUCAUAUGAGCGUGUGGUGAACCUCUGGAUAGUAUUCCCUUGAGGUAUCCAAAUUGU